CUCGACGUACGUUGAUGACUCGUACGAUGGACUACGGAGGUAUCAUCAGUUGGACGAGAAAUACAGGUCAAUGGUGACAGAAGUACAUGGACCGUAUCGGGAUCCCCGUCCCCCAGUCUUGGCACAUACGGCUCACCUUUUCCCUCGAGUUCUAUCCGUCGAGGCCGAGGUUUGGUCGCUGGAGGGGGGGCCUCACUGGCUCAGACACGAGCGAGGAUUACAAUUGCGCCGAGGCUCGUCGAGAGCUUGUCUGCCUGCCUGCGGAGGAGGUGACGUUGGAUUCGUGUACAGAAUUCGGGGGCGUUUUCGGGUGGGGACGAUGACUGAGCAGGCUGAGAAUGCGUCUGCAUUCGUUGGGUAGCGAGGGGCAGGCGAGGGGUGUGGAAAGUGGCCAGCAAUUAUGGAGCUCUGCUCGUGUAGCACCGCGGGACCGAGUUGCUUGCUGAGGGAUUCAUGCGGAAAGCAGGCGAUGGCUUUUUCCAGAACUGUUUGCUUUUCUUCUUUCGGCAGAAUUGGAAUUCACCUCGACGGAGCGAGGAGCGUGUCGAGCUCCCGGCAUAGAUUGUGGGCUGCGGCGGGAAUUGUUCGAGUGCCGUGGAGAAGCGAUUCGAGGGCCGCGUCGUCGUCGUGGAGAGUGGGAGAAGGGGAAGCGAGGCUGGUGGUGAGUGGAAGGGCUGCCGGUACGGUAGAAUUGGGGGUCUCGGACUCAGAGCUGCACUCGCGAGGCGAAGAUGGCAGAGAAGAAUUGGCGGUCGAACUCCAGCAGGAUAAUGAAUCCGCAGAGGAGGAAGCCGGUCCCACGAAAUCCGAAAGCAAACGAAAUCGACGCGCUCGUCUCGAACGGGAGUUGCUGGAGCUGGGCACGAGCCCAAUCGACGUGUUGAUGUUGUCCGGGGAGAAAGGCUGGAGCACAGAAGUGUUCUGGACGAUCGUAAACAUUCUCGCAGUGAACGAUCGAGUGCCCGAAGUCCUGCUGGUGUUCGAGUGGUGGAAGCGGCAGGACAAUUAUACUCCCCGAGAGCUGCACUACGCGAGGUUCAUCCGGAUGUGCGGGCACGCGAAACUGGUCGACAGAGCGCAGAAGCUCUUCGACGAGAUGGUGAGCGUGGGGAUCGAACCGACGGUGGGCACCUACAGCUGCCUGCUGCAAGGGUACGCCGAGGCCGGGCUCUUCCACGAGGCCAAGCAAAUCCUCGAGGCCAUGCUCGAGGCCGGGCUCAAGCCCAACGCCGUCACCUACACGGGCCUCCUGCACGCGUACGGGAAGCACGGGCUCUACAACGAGAUGGCUAAGGUGUUCAACGACAUGAAGACCUACCAGGCGACGCAGCCCGACUGCGCUCCGACCGCAGUCACCUACUCGGUCGUGGUUCAGUGCUACGGUAAGGGAGGGCUGUUCGCGCGGAUGGAGAAGGCCUUCAAGGAAAUGAUCGCGAAGGGGUUCGCGCCCGACGCGGUUAGCGUGAACACGUUGGUCCAGGCGUACGCAGAGUCGGGACUGCUGAAGGAGAUGGAGCGGGCGUACUCGCUCAUCAAGCUGUACCGCGUCGGGAUCAAGGUCGAGACCGUCCGCGCCGUAGCUCUGGCGUACAUACGCAAGUCGUACUUUUACCAGCUGGGAAGUUUCGUCCGUCACGUGAAGCGGAACCGGACGAACAUGGGGAACCUGCUGGAGAACCUUCUGCUGCUCUCGCAGGCCGCCAACUUCUCCAUGCGCGGCCUGGCCCGGGAGUACAUCCUUCUCAAGGAUGCCGGAUUCCGCGGCGACAUUACGAGCUUCAACAUCCGCGCGCUGGCCUUCUCCAAAAUGAAAAUGUUCUGGGACUUGCGCGUCACCGUGCUGGAAAUGCAGCACCUGGCCGUCGUGCCGGAUCUGGUCACGUACGGCGCUAUCGUCGACGCUUAUGUGGGCGCCGGGCUGACGGAGAAGCUGCCGGAAGCCAUGUCAGAGAUGCUGAACCUCGACGGCCUGGCUGACGUCAGGACCGACGCCUUGGUCUUCGAGGCCUUCGGCCGAGGCGAGUUCCAGCUCUGCUGCGAAGCGCUGGCCCUCGAGAUGCAAGACGAGGAUCGCCGGCACCUCACGUAUGCUAAUCUCAUCGGCUACCAUCUCAAAAAGGUGGAAAUAAAUGGUGCUGCCAGUACAUGAGUAUACACCCUUCGUGUGUGUUUCGAUUUUCCACAUGCGCUUGCUUGUUACUGUCUUCGGUCCCCUCCCCUAUGCCCGAGCUCGGGUCGUUCUGACCUAGAUCAUGAGUCGAAGCCGAAGACGCGUUUUGGGCACGAGCAUAUGUCCUUACUGGAACCCGGAGCAAGGUCUUUUCGGAAUGACACGGCUGAUCGAGUCCACGAUGAGUCGCCCGUCAGAUGCUCGACCCUCCGGAUCGAGCUGAGCUACGACAUCACCAACAUUGACUCUGAACUUCUGGAGAUCGUACGUCUUCACGACUUUAAGGCUGCCAAUGUGUUUAGUCUACUGUCAUUCGUACGAAAGUGCGCGAGCGUAUCUGCCAAUAAGUCACCGACGACAUCUUUCACCUUCCCAUCUUGCCCAUCACAUCUACUCACCUCAUCAUAUUGCACACUGAACAGCCUUGCUUCCGGUCCCCUGCAGAAAUGAGCUGAGCUGUCACGUGGAACAAAACUGGGACGGUGCGUACGGUCUAUACUCUGGUCAUGAAAUAUCGAAGCGUGCGUAAGAGAUCUCACUCUUGCCGGACAAGCUUCGUCUCUUUCGACCAUCGUGCUACCUGGGACACCAUGUCAAGUUGUUGAGAUAAAGCCUGAAAUUU